UUCGCACGCUACCGAGUGCCCACCGCCCGCCCUCCCGCCGCUUACGACCUCCUGCAACACUCGAUAUGGAGCUCUCCGAAUGGAUCCACACGACCCAUGUGCCCAUUAUUCUCUUGAACGCAUCAGAUGAAGCCCAGCGGAUUUGCAGGAAGAACGGAGGUCUUUCAGUCGAGCAAUUGCUGAAUGGAUUCGGAGUCUUUACGCACGCCGACACGCCAGUGCGAACGAUUAACGGCCACAUCAGGUUACCCGAGAUGCGUCUACGGUUCAUAAGUACCUCGAGGUUCAAGCCGUCGUCGUCUGAAGAAACAGCCGUCAGGUUGAACCAUGUCGUGUCGACCUCGGCAACGGCAUUGACAGCAGGCAACAACCUGCCGUUGGUCCUUGACCCUGUCCAGACGGAGGCUGACGUUCCGUAUUUCUUGCGUUCCAUUGGAGGGACUGCCGCAGACUCGAUGCCAUGGUAUGGUUCGUUCAAACACGAAGUCAUGGAGAGUUUCCAGUGCGACGACACAAGCAUGAUGUAUCACCCCCACGCGUUGAUGCUUGUCGUGUCAUCCACGGAGGCCGACCCUCGCCAUGCAUUUCACCAACUCGGGCUCAGCGAACGGCUUCCACAGGUAUUUCAAGAUGGGCUGUACGACAUGAACUUGCCCAAGUACUACCUCGUCCUUCACGACACUUGCGAAACGCAGCACACGUCGAUUGAUCCCGCCGCGAUCUAUCGCAACCUAAAUAUCCCCCCUACCUCCGGUGGCGUUGUUCGCAUCAAUUCCCUGUCGACCCCAGUCUUGAACGACGUGUGGAGCAACCAUCCGUACGUGCGCAGUCUGUCGCCUUCGUCGCCAGACCUGCCGUAUGGAUGUUUUCUGUCGGACGAAGAUCGCUUGGCGCUGCGCACGAUGGUAUGGGAAUUUGGCGUCAAGUUUGUUCUCCCAGCCAUCGAGUCCAAGAUGUUUGCAUUGAAUGAAACAGUGGCAGCCGUUCGAAAAGGCGUUCGCAACGCGCUCAAGGCGUGGUGGCGCAAGCCCAAGGAGACAGCGAACCGCGCGUCCGUCUACCUGUACCGGUUUGAUUCGAUCGAGUCCAACAUGCGACUUUUGGCUGAUAUCGCGUUCCUCAUCCGGGACUACGACUUGGCGUACAACAUGUACCGUCUUGUUCGCGACGACUACAAGAACGACAAGGCCAUGCUGCACUGCGCCCACGCAAACGAAUCCAUCGCACUCUGUCUGUACAUGAUGAAAGGGUCGGCAGCAGAUAUUCACCACGCAUUGGAGACGACGGCAGGCAUUUACUCCCGACUGCAAGUGGCCAACUCCCAACUGUCCCUCGUGCGCCACUCGGCCCGUACCACGAUCAUUUCGAGCGAGAUAUUUAUGCACAUCUUCCGUCAGAAUACCAACUCGGAGCACAUGGAUUCUGCAUCAGCGGCCCUUAUUCGAGGUUCCAGCGCGACUGACCCCAAGUACUCUGGCCUCGGUAUUUGCUCGGCUGUAUUCCUCGAACGUGCCGCUUUUUGCGACUUGCUUGCUCGCAACACGAAGUUCCGCAAGUACGGAUUUCGCAUGGUGAUGGCAGGGCAUGUUUACUCGAUGAUGGGCUACGAGCCGCAUGCGGCCCGGUGUUAUUCGUGUGCUCGGGCUAUUUACGCCAACACGAGGUGGUACCAGGUGGACGAUCACAUUACUGGAACGUUGGCCAGACAACUUUGCGGGCUGACCCUUCCCCAGCAAGCCAUUGCGCUGCUGUUGACGCGAAUCGGGUCUGGUCGCCACUCGAAAGGACAGCAGUUGACGCUCCUGGCCGAGUUUUACGACAUGGUUUCGGAAUACUUGAAAGACCACAGCGCUCUCGGGAUUCCUGAUUUUCAAGUUAUCGAGGCGGGCGAAUCCAAGGUGCUACUGAUCAAGGCGCUGGUGAUCCCGGCGAUACAGGACCAGUCCGUGCUUGUGUUUGCCCCAGACAACGCAUUCGAAUUGGCGGCUCCUGUAGAGAAGGACGACUGGAAGCAAGUCGAGUUUACACUGAUGAAAGAAGAACGUAUUGAGCAUCUGGCGACGUCUGGAGAGAAGGACUGGUUGGAGUUGGCCCUGUCGCCGCCAGGGUUGCUGCAGCUGCCCCUUCGCGGUGGCAAGAAAAAGGGCGAGGGGAAGCCCAAAUCGUACAUGCUUGGCGAAACCGUGUAUGUCGAGUUCCACGUCAAGAACCCGCUUGCGUGCGACGUUGUGCUCAAGCAACUGCACCUGUUUGGCACGUUUCAAGACGCGGACGAGUUUCCCUCGUCGCAGAACUCGUUUGUGACGGCGGAGUUUCAGGAUAUUACACUCGCGCCACACGCUGAAGAAGUCGUCCGUUUGACCUUCGUUGCCCACCACGUCGGUCUCGUCCGCAUCAGCGGAGUGCGGUGGGCAUUGAACGCCAACGUCCACGGCGAGCAUGUGUUUCACUUGCCCGGUAUAUUACUGCAGGAUUCGUUGACAAAUCGUGCCACACGUGCUCGUGCCCCGAACUCUACUCUGACGUGCGACAUCAAACCCCCGAUGCCGUGGCUCGGGGUGUCGCUCACCAAGGACAAUAAGAAAUUGCCUUGGCCACUGGUCUGUUUGGAAGGCGAAAUCAUGACCCUCGACCUCGAGCUGGUCAACAAGGGGACCCACGCACUGUCCAACUUGACCAUGGUGUGCUCGAGUUGGCAGUACGUUGUUGAAGGACCAAACAACAAUGUUGUCGGAGCCACGGGGCACGUCAAGACGUUGCCGACUUUGACGCUGCAACCGGGGGAAUCGAAAUCGUUCAAAGUGCACUGCAGCAGCCGCACGAUCGGGACCGAGACCGUCCGCUUUCUGUUUCGAUAUAGCAACAUGGACAAUUCAUAUCAUCGGUUCGUCCCCCUGGCAUUUGGAAUCGAGGUCAUGAAGUGCUUGCAAGUGACUCAUACGAUCCAUCCGAGCUACGACAACAUCAAAGAAUAUGUUCUUGCGCUGUCGGUUCACAAUGGCCGCAAAGAUGGGACAAAGGAGCCAACACCUUCGAUGUCUAUCUUGUCGCUGACGUCAUGGAGCUCGUACUGGAAGAUUCAGCCAUUCCAGCCUACACUUGACGCUGCUGUCCACCGCCCACCGUCUGUGCUGCAGUGGCAAGAAUCAAGCACAUUUUAUUUUCGCGUGACUCAACGAGACGAUGGUGAAGUCAGCAGCACAAUUCCUCUCCACGUCGAUGCAUCCCCACCAACGCAUCCGUUUGGGGACUUUCUUUGCCUCGACAAUUCGUCGUCGAGGAUAGCAGCAGCAAAGAACGCCAGAAACGCAGCAGCCGGGUCCAAAGCAUCCCAUUCGAGCCUCAUGCGCUCCAUUCAAAGUGUCCGUCGUGAAAACAAAGACCAAACGAAACAACACCAUGCCAACACGCAAGGUGGUGUCGUGCAACGCGUGAAACCCACGUCGGCGAACGCAUUGGUGUCGUCGGAGGUAUGGCUGUUCCGUUGCCAUUCUCGGGACUUUAUCUUGCUCUCACGUUAGACGGAUUUGCAUUUGGCGGUGCACUGGGCAGGCACUGGUGUUGUCGUGAACGGGAUGCAGACAAAGCGCUGCGUGGGCCAAACAAACCUCCUCAACAUUCAGAUUCGUUCGAGUUACACCGCAACGUCCAAUGUUUGCCCGCUCACGAUGACCUUGUCGUAUCCACCUCGAUUUUCGCUGGAGGGCACCAUCGGCGUUGAUGUGACGCUCCAUAUUCAAAACAGCGCGUCGCCAUCAUCUCCGGGCAUUACGUUCACGCUGGAAAUGCUCGCCCCGGAUGAAGAACAUCCAAGCAUUCGAAGCUCGAGCUCAUCGAGCCAGCAGACGUGCCCCCGGGUAUUUUGGUCAGGAUGCACCCGCCAAACGUUUUGGAACGUCCAGCCCAACGCCGGCGUCGAACUCAACUUGACCGCGUGUUUCGUGUCCCCUGGAAUUUACGACCUGAAUCGCUUUCGAUUCAUUGUGGCACGCCAGGACAAUCAAAAGCCGCUGACUGUGUUCUUUCCUGUCGAGUACUUGGUUCAAGUAACAUCAGGUUAAUGCACUUGGGCUAAUGUUUCGUUUUUUU